AUGGACCGCAAAAUCAUAAACGCAUUUACCGAAGAAGAAAAGAAGGCAAUUAAGGAACUCAAAGCGUUACUUCCAGAAAUUAUAAAAGAUUCAAGAGUUCCGGAGAAUUAUACGCUUUGGGGUAUUUCUUUGGAUAAAGAUUCGAGCGAUGAUAGACCUGAUGUUAUUCUCCGGAAAUUCUUGAAAGCCAGAAAUCUUGAUGUGAACCUUGCCAAGGAAAUGUUAACCAACUCACUCAAAUGGAGGAUCGAAUUUAAGACCGACUCAAUACUCUCCGAAACAUUUCCCGAAUCCAUAUUUGCGAAGGUCGGAUUCAUUCACAAACAUGAUAAAUACAACCGUCCAGUCACUUAUAAUUUAUACGGUGGGCUUGAUAAUAAUGAGGUUUUUGGAGAUUUGGAUCGAUUUUUAAGAUGGAGAGUUCAAUUGAUGGAAAAAGGAAUUCAGCAUCUAGAUUUUGUGAAGGUUGAUCAGAUCAGACAAUUAUCCGGAAUUUUUGGUAAACCUUUGUUUUCCAUUUGGUAUUCAAAGUUUAAACGUAUGGCGUCACUUAUCUAUUAUCUCGAAAAAAUGCAGGCUGUGAAAUUCUUUAUUAAUGUCCCUUGGUGGGGCGACUUCAUCUUUAAGUUUAUCUCCAUGUUUUUGUCGGAAGAAACCAAAAGUAAAUUUAUUGUUGCUUCGCAUAGUAACGUCAAGGAGUGUAUGACCGCUGCUAUCGAUGAAGGAAAUUUGCCCGUAGCUUAUGGAGGUCAGAGUAUUGUUCCAGGAUUUGAGGUUGAAGAAGUCAAUGUUUAA